AUGGAAGAAUCGGGAUUAAACGUAUUGAGUGACGAUGUAAUGCUUAAUAUAUUCGAAUAUCUUAAUUCAAAAACUAUGAAAACUGCAACUUUAGUUUGUAAAAAGUUAGGUCAUUUUUCUAACACACGAUUAAUUUUCAGAUGGAACGAAAUCAUUGGAACACACGCUUCAACAAUGCUGGAUGAAAAUACUUCCAAUUACGAUGAUGAUGAUACAAGCGAUUGUGUUAAUUUGUAA